CGCACACGAACGCACCUCACCGACCCGUGCGUCACGAUGAACGCCCCCGAGGACCUCUCCGGGCUCUCCCGCCCCGAUCUCGUGUACAAAGCGAAGCUCGCGGAGCAAGCGGAAAGGUACGACGAGAUGAUGGAGUACAUGUCCAAGGUUGCGGAGCAGAGCACGUCGUCCUCGCCGCCCGAGGAGCUCAGCGUCGAGGAACGCAACCUCCUCUCCGUCGCGUACAAAAACGUCAUCGGCGCGCGUCGCGCGUCGUGGCGCAUCGUGUCCUCGAUCGAGAUGAAAGAGGAGGGCAAGUACAGCAAAGAGAGCGACACCGUGAAGCUCAUCGCGAAGUAUAAGGAGGGCGUGGAGAAGGAGCUCGGGAACAUCUGCGACCGCGUGCUUAAGCUCCUGAAGGAUCACCUCGAAGAGACGUCGAGCGCGGGGGAGAGCAAGGUGUUCUAUAAGAAGAUGAAGGGCGAUUACUACCGCUACCUCGCCGAGUUUAAAGGCGGCGAGGCGAGGAAGAACGCCGCGGAGGAGACGCUUCUGGCGUACAAGGAAGCGGAGAACAUCGCGAGCAACGAGCUCGCGCCGACGCAUCCCAUCAGGCUCGGACUCGCGUUGAACUUUUCCGUGUUUUACUACGAAAUUUUGAACGCGCCCGAGCGCGCGUGCGACAUGGCGAAGAAAGCGUUCGACGAAGCGAUCGCGGAGCUCGACACGCUCGGGGAGGAGUCGUACAAGGAUUCGACGCUCAUCAUGCAGCUCUUGAGGGACAACCUGACGCUGUGGACGAGCGACAUGGCGGAGGAGCAGCCGGGCGGGGAGAAGGAGGAGGGCAUGUGAUCGAUCGAUCAUCGCGACUGACGAUCGCGAGCUGGAUGGACGCUGCGACGACGCGAGAGAGAGAGAGAGAGAGAGAGAGAGAGAGAUAGAGGAAGAUCGACGUUAUCCGUCAUCGACGACGGUCUUCGACGACGACGACGACGAUCGAGGCGUUGGUUCGAUUCGCUGUAAGAAAUCUUCUCGGUGCACGAAC